AUGUUUGAGAAUAAUGAAAAUUCGAAUAAGCCGAUGUGUUCAGGUCCUCGAGAAAGGCUAGAUAAAUUGCUAUCAGAAGCUGACAACAAGAUUUGUGCAGAUUGCGGGACACCAGAUCCAAAAUGGGUGUCUUCAAAUAUAGGAGCGUUUAUAUGUAUCCAGUGCUCCGGAGUACAUAGAAGUCUUGGAGUCCAUAUAUCAAAGGUUUUUUCGGUAAAAUUAGAUGAAUGGACGAAUGAGGAAGUUGAUGCUUUAGAGUCGUUGGGGGGAAAUAAAGCUGUAAACUAUAAAUAUGAAAGUUCCAUGCCGGACAACUUUAAAAAACCAAAUCCAGAUUCUUCUAUCGAGGAGCGAACUGAUUACAUUAGGAGGAAGUAUGUCUUGCAACAAUUUCUGAAAGCCGAUGAAUUGAUUUCCUUACCCUUACCGUAUCCAUCAACAUCAACUUCCACUUUAAGUAGUAGUUCUAGUUCAGAUGAGAAGAGAAAAUUAGAGAAGAAUAAAAGUCACAAAAGUCAAAGUCGCAACAAUGCCUUCUAUAGUUGGAUGAAGUCUGAAAGCAGAUCAUCAAAGAAGUGCAAUGCCACGGUAGGUAUGGUUGAAUUUGUUGGACUAAUAAAGGUCAAAACGGUAAAAGGCAGCAAUCUAGCAGUACGAGAUUUGACGACAAGUGAUCCCUACCUUAUACUUUCACUUGGAAACCAAUCAGUGAAGACGGAUCCCGUCAUGAAUAGUCUGAAUCCGGUUUGGAAGGAUAUGCUUAUGUUGUCAAUCCCAGGUGACAUUCCUCCUCUAAAGCUACACGUAUAUGACAAGGACACAUUCACCACUGAUGAUUAUAUGGGAGAAGCUGAGAUUGACAUUCAACCAUUAGUCACUGCUGCCAAAGCAGCUGACACGUGCAGAUCUGGAGAGUCGAUGCCACUUGGGAAACUGGUUGCGAGUAAAGAUAAUACACUGAUAUCUGACGGUAUCAUUAGUCUUGUGGAUGGGAAAGUGAAACAAGAUCUUAUUCUCGAACUACAAAACGUUGAAAGUGGAGUGUUAGAGGUUGAGCUUGAAUGUGUUGCCCUAAUGCAAUAG